AUGGCAGGAAGCAGUGUGUUUCAUUCUGUGCGGACCCUCAAAGCGCGCAACGCCAUGGCGCUAUACGAACGUGUGAACGGGAGUGCCGCACUGUAUAUGGAGACUGUAGCUACUCCUCCUCAUUUAGCUCGCAAUGUGAUGACAGCCAACAGUAUCGGUGGGGAUUGUCCCAGCAGGCGAGCUAAGAGUCUGACUCUGGAAACACUCAACCCGUGCAUAAAGGAAAUGCAGUAUGGUGUUAGGGGACCACUCGUGAACCGUGCGUCGAAGAUCGAAAAGGAACUGGAAAAGGGUGUCAAGAAACCAUUUACAGAAGUUAUUAAAGCAAACAUUGGUGACUGCCAUGGCAUGGGGCAAGUGCCUAUCACAUUUGUUAGACAGGUGCUUGCUAUGGUUUCAUAUCCAGUGUUAUUGGACGACCCCAGGUUUCCCUACGAUGUAAAAUAUCGAGUCAAAGAGAUCCUGGCUAGUUGUCCAGGUGGCAGUGUGGGGUCUUAUCCUGAAUCUGCUGGAACUGAAGUGAUCCGUAGACAUGUAGCAGAAUUUAUAGAAAGGAGAGAUGGUGCCCCAAGCUCUUGGGAGGAUAUUGUCAUGACAUGUGGCGCGACUACAGGCAUAAAGAUGGUACUGUACUUGCUGAUAGGAGAAAUGAAUGGGAAAAAGGCUGGUGUCAUGACUCCAAUUCCCCAGUAUCCUUUAUAUUCUGCUACUCUUUCAGAAUUUAACAUGGUGCAGAUACCAUAUUAUCUAGAGGAAGAAAGUUGCUGGGGCUUGGAUCUAGCUGAGCUGCAACGUGCCUUAGAUGAAGCUAGAAAAGUAUGUAACCCUCGUGCUAUAGUGAUUAUAAAUCCAGGAAAUCCAACAGGGCAAGUCCUUUCAAGAAAUAACAUUGAAGAGAUAAUUAAAUUUGCCUAUCAGGAGAGAUUAUUUAUUUUAGCUGAUGAGGUGUACCAGGACAAUGUGUAUGCAGAAGAGAGCAAAUUCUAUUCAUUUAAGAAGGUUAUGAUGGAAAUGGGACCACCUUAUAGUGAGAUGGAGAUGGCCUCUUUCAUGUCAGCAUCGAAAGGAUACACGGGAGAGUGUGGACUACGAGGAGGAUACUGUGAGCUGAUCAACCUAGAGCCAGAUGUGAAAGCAAUGUGCAUGAAAAGUUUUACUGUCAUGUCAUGCCCUACUGUCCCAGGACAGGUUGCAAUUGAUUGUAUAGUCAAACCACCACAGCCGGGGGAUCCCUCAUACAAACAGUAUACUGCAGAAAAGGAGGCUAUUUUAAGCUCACUCAGUGUAAGAGCAAAGACAAUUGUAAACAUGUUCAACAGUCUAGAGGGGAUGUCCUGCAACAAAGUGCAAGGUGCCAUGUAUGCAUUCCCACAGUUACAUCUUCCUCCCAAUGCUAUAAAGGAAGCUAAACAAAAUAAUUUACCACCCGAUGCUUUCUAUGCAUUGGGAUUAUUGGAGGAUACUGGUAUCUCUGUUGUACCAGGAUCAGAAUUUGGACAAAAACCAGGGACAUAUCAUUUCAGAACUACAAUUUUGCCUCAGCAUCAGAAAUUGGAGAGUAUGAUGAACAAAAUCAAGGCUUAUCAUGAUAAAUUCAUGCAGAAGUAUGGAUAA